UCCAGAUUACUAUAACAUGGCAACUUAAAAUUUCGAAAUGGCAACCCUGCCAGAGUCCGCCAUUUCGAUUUCCGCCCCGCCAACAUAAUCGCCAUAUUGUUAUUUGUAUGUGAUUGAUCAGUCUUUUCUAAGUUUUAUUGGCGUGUAUAUUUUUCAUGUGGAUACCUUAAUUAAAUUACAUUCAACCAACUUUCAACUUUUCGGUGCUAGAAUAUAAUGGACAACCAGAGAGAAAAAGACAGAGACCGGUCGAGGCGUGGUGAUCGACCUUCAAGAUUUUCUGAUGCCACUCGAGAUCGCUCCAACGAACGGGAACGUCCUGAAGGAAGGCGACUUUUCGUUUCCAAUAUCCCAUACGAGUACAGAUGGACAGAAUUAAAGGAUUUAUUCAAAGAAAAGGUUGGAGACGUGGCAUAUGUGGAACUGUUUAAUGAUGAGAAUGGUAAACCAAGAGGAUGUGGAGUUGUUGAGUUUACUAACACUGAAGCCAUGAAAAAAGCUUUAUUUGUCAUGCACCGAUAUGAGCUAAAAGGCCGCAAACUGGUGUUGAAAGAAGAAACAGAUGUUAUUGUUAAAGGUAAUGAACGGAAUCGAUUGAAUUCCACAAGAUCAGGUGGUAUGGGUGGAGGUGGUGGCAAUAGCGGCAGAAAUCAAAGAGAAGAGAAAGAUGGAUGGGGUGUUAAACCACGAGAACCAGAAAACUUCAAUACUUAUGGUUUAAGUUUACAGUUCUUGGAAUCCAUCAAUGUCCAACCACCUCUUGUCAAAAAAGUGUUUGUGGCCAAUUUGGACUAUAAAGCAGACCGCAUCAAGAUUAAAGAGGUAUUUAAAAUGGCAGGUAAGGUGCGAAAUAUUGAUUUGGCUGUUGAUAAAGAUGGCAAUAGCAGAGGUUUUGCUGUCAUAGAAUAUGAUCAUCCUGUGGAGGCAGUGCAGGCUAUAUCUAUGUUCGACAAGCAAAUGUUGUAUGAUCGCAGGAUGACAGUUCGUAUGGACCGCGGAGUUUCUGAUAAAUCAGAACUUCGUUUACCUGAAGGUUUGAAUGGAAUAGGUUUAGGCUUGGGACCCAAUGGAGAACCAUUAAGGGACGUAGCAAGGAAUUUGCAGCAGCCCAAUGCAACCAACAACAUGAACCUUGCCAAUACUGGAACGUCUUUUGGAGCUGGAGUAUUGGGUGCAGUGCCCACUGCUGCAGGUGUGGCUCUGAAUGGUCUCGGGACAGGAUUAACUGCCAAUGCUUUGAGUACAAAUUCUGCUCUGGGAAAUAGUCUGAGCCUACAGGCCCUUGGUUUAACUGGGCUGGGCGCCCUUCAAAACCAACUGUUGCAACAAGGUUUGACCGCCAAUGACUUGGCAUCAGUGCUGACGGCCCAAGCUAAUGUAAACAGCAGUUUGAAUCUUGGUAAUUCAGACCUUGGAAAUAAUGUGCUCAGCAAUUCUGGCUUAUCAAACAAUGUCAUGGGAGGUGGUGGAAAUAUGAACAGUGGUCCAUUGUCAGGUACAAGUAGACCAAUGGGUGGUGUCUCAGUAUCAGGCCAGGGUUAUGGACGCGACUCCAACGUACAGCAAAGAGACAAACCCUCGGAUAUGGUUAUCAUCACGAAUCUUCCACCUACAGUAACAUGGCAAUUGAUUCGUGAGAAGUUCAGCGAAUGUGGCGAUGUGAAGUUUGCUGAAAUGACUGCAUCUGAUACGGCAAUAGUGCGCUUCCAUAAGGAAUGGGACGCCGAAAGAGCUAUCAAAAUGUUUGACAGGACCCGCAUCGAUGGCAGGACGAUUGACGUGCGUUUCUUUUAGAUUUAUCCUGAAAGCAGUUCCAGGAGGGUGUGUGGUAUUGAAGUUGGUCUAUUGUGGGCUAUAUGUAUACUCGGCUGCCUGGAUAUAGAAGUUUCCAUCUUCGUUUCAAAUCGGUCUCGGUGUAACGUAUUCUACUUUCUCCUGGUUCAGCUUGAUAGAUUUAUCGGCUAAUGAUUGUAUUUUAUGAUAAUUUUAGAGUAAGUGUCUCAAUGUUUGCUGUACACCCAAUGACUUUAAGCCUAAUAAAAUCCUUUAAAGAAGAUUGUGGAUGUGUUCUGAAUUGAAAUCGAAGGACUUCGUUUUUCAUAAUUAUCCCCUCGAAAUUGAGAAGUAAUCUCUAAGAAGGUGUGUACUCGGUACUUCAUGACUAUAUUUAAAUAUGGCACGAGGCGUAUGUUUUGUUUACUCGAACUUUUCAGCUGCUGUUGUGCAUACAAGUAGGUCUAAUUGAUACAGUUUUAUUUUUACUUGUUUAUUGUUGUCAGUCUUAAUAAAAGUAUGAAGGAUUACUACAUACAUGAUGUUAUUGAGGCAGUAAUAAUGCAACUGAGAUUACAAAGUACUCAUUUCUUCCCUUGAUUGUUAUAAAGAUCCAAAAGAAUGAGAUCCAAGUAAUUUUGAAAAAUUUAAUGUAAUAUUUGUAAAGAUGAGAAUAUGUAAUUAUUGUGAUUCUUACGAUCGCUGGAACGUGCUCAUCGAUGAUAAUGCAGCAGGCUAUUACACAUCAGUAAGAAGUAGAAAGAAUGCAGCGUUGUCAAUUUUCUAAUCACUGAACUCUGGUUUUGAAAUAGUUGACGGAAAAGCGAACGCUGUGUGGAGUGUCAUGAAAUCUGAAUCGGCCAUUUCAUGUUGUAUAUUUUGGAAUUCUUCAUUCUUAAUCAAAAUUCGCUUUGCACACCAGUAGAUGGAUCGAGAAAUAAAUACAAAUAUAUAUCCCUUAUUAUUUAAAUAGGUUUCAUUUGUCAUAACGGGCAAACACUCGUUUCUUGAGUUGAAUAAAAUUUGAUCAUGUUUUGUGUUGAAUUAUUUUAUUUGUGCGGACAAAGAUUUGUCCAAUUCCUAUGAAAGAAUAACAAACCUGAUAUAUCGAUGUAGCAUAGCGGGCAAACCUUUGUAGCGAUGACGAUAGUUACAGAAGGCGUUACAUUCGAAGUCAGUGGGUUAGAAAUUUUAAUGGACUGCAAUUAAACUUUGAAGUGGCCAUUAGAAAUAACGUCUCCACAUCAUACCGUUGCGGUUACACGCUUCUCGGAGAACUUGUGCCAUGCUUCUAGAAUUAUGUUAAAAAUAGCGCAACGAAGUCUUCCUCGUCGUAAGAUGGGAAGUGUGUAUCGAAGAUCGGCAUUCCAUCUUCAGAGAUGACUGCAGCUCACUGCGGCAUCGAAGUCUGUUCCAAAGUUCUGGUAAGUUCCCCUGAUGUUGGACGGGUUUGUUUUGGAGGGUAUGCAUGGGGCUUCGACAAUGUUUUCAAUUUUAAUCCUGUAUCUUGUCUAAUUAAUUUAGUUACUUCCGUUUGGUGUCGCAAUAAAUCUGCGUUGUUUCCUGGCACGUACGACCGUUCGCAUGCACCUCUGGUAAGGUGAAAGACCGAACAUUGUGACGUCCACGUCUGCGCACACUUGAAUCGAUGCAAGUUAAGGAAUUUGGCCGGUUUUAGUCGGCCCCUGAUGGGUGGUUUUGCUUAGUGGCGCCUGUCAACGCUCUGUGGCGAUUCUGUAGUUGAAUUACAUAAGCAGCUGAUGAUAGCACAUGCUCUCAACUUCAUUCUUACUUGUUUUCAUAUACCUACAGCGAAACCUUUCGACUUGUAGUUUUCAUACAUCGACUACUUAAAAUAUAAUUUCUUUAAUAUUUAUUACUCAAUUCCAGGUUGACCCCUCGAUAUUUGCAAUUGCAAGUUUGCAUUAAAAGCAUUUUCACUUGAAUCUAUGUGAAGCAAAGAAAGCUGUUGGCAGAAAUGCUGAAGCUAUGAUAUGAUGGAUACAAGAUGGCCAUGUUGGAUUGGUGAUAUAACAAGAAAGAAACAGAAGUGAUAGUAGAUACGCAGAAACUACAUUCCGCUGAAGAGAUCAACAACCCGAUUGGAGAAGACACGAGACACUUAAGUGCAGAAUUAAUAUUUAGUAAAAUGGUGAUUUAAAUAUAUUAGGUAUUUGUAAAUUGUUUUCAUAAUAAUAUAUAUUUUUUAAAUUUUCUGUUGUAUUUUCAUUAUUCUUUCUUUUAUCCAAUUCACAAAACGUGGCUGAACCGUCAAGGCUUUAUAGAUGCAUGUUAUAUACGACCAUGCCAUAGAGAACACCAUUUUCAAACUCAGCAUUAUCAAUUCCAUAAUGGAUAUGAUUGAUGCGCCAACGCAUAAAUUAAUCACGCUGCCGCCUCGCACUAUAAAGUCAUAUGUGUUCAAUAUUGCGUCUCUGACGACCCUCACUUUUGGGUACGAAGAAAUAAUUACACGUAUUAUGUUACGCUCUGUGGACGGCAUAAAAGUCUCGUGGUCCUUUCUGAACUCAUUAUACUCGCAGCUGAUGAGGCACCCGCAGUCACGAGAAGACCGCGGUAGACUUUUGUUUGGAAAAGUAUUCAAAAUGUCAUCAGUUGCUGUCAAUUUAGUGAACGCCCUUUUGUAGUCUGCAAAACAUUGUAAUUCAGACAUAUUGCAAAUCCGCUCAUUUUCUGAAACAGGUUUGUAAAAGUGAGGAAUACAUUCGCAUAUACUCAAAACCAUCUUGAUUCUGCAUUCCAGAAUGCAAUGAUUAUAGGUGUAAAUUGGAUAUCUGUCAUUCAGUGGUUCGUCCAAAAAUCUGCAUUUUCGCACGUUUAUAGGAGUUGACCUUAGAACGCUUGAUAAUCUAGUGCUCCAUACUUGCACUCCAAACUGUAGGAAUCUGUUCCUUUUAGAGAUGUAAGAUCGAGACGUGCUUAAUAUGAUCUCAUCGGGGCUAUGAAUGUAAAUCUUAUACGUAUCGGAAUAAUUUGUUAACUGGGUGAAGAAAUCUCUAUCAUAAACGGAAAUGUCAAUAUUGUUUUUAACGUACUUCUUAGUAUCCCAUGUCAAUGGGUUAUGGAAUACGGCCACAUUGGAGUUGAUGACGUGGCACAUGCCCACCUCAGUCAUGGCGGAUUCCACUGAUAUCGGCCAGUUGGUGCUCGUCGCGAGGGAGUUGUUGUCGAACUUCUUGAACAGCAACGCCGCAAGAGUUGCGUGGUCUUUUGGAUAAACUUACCGAUGACAUAUUGAAAUCUGUGUAAUCUGUUAUUUCCAACGUGUCCGUGGAGAUAGAACAGAUAGCUCUCAAUCUUGCUUCAACAUUUUCACCCAUGAACUGGAAUGUAUCGUUGACAAAAACGUACAAGUCCUCCUCUUCAAUUUUAUCAAACGGACAUACAGUGAUGGCAGGAUAAGAUACGUUCCAGUUAAAAUAGUCCAUUUCCACGCUUGUCACAGUUGGUGUGUCCUGGUUGAAAGAG